UCUGCAAAUUCGGUCGGUAAAGUGGAGUUAGAGGAGUUGAAGGCUAACAUAAAGAACGUAAACAAACUUGUGAAAUUAAUGAAAAAAACUGCAUUUAUAAAGACUUUUAGCUCUAAAAAUAUAAGUUUUUCAAUAUAAAGUGAUCGAGCUCAUGUAUUGAAGUCGCUGCGGUUAUUUUACGAAUAAUUUAAUUGAGUUUUGGAAAGUGCCGCUCGUUUCUAGAAGUAUAACCUCCAAAAGCUUUGUUAGGAAGUUUUAGACCGUUGUAAAACACACGAUUUAAGCGAUUUGAGGCUUCAUUUUAAAUCAAAGAUGCCACUUUUUUCGAGCAAAUUUUCUCCGAAAAAGACUCCUAUCAGAAAAGCCUCGGUUUCUUUGGCAAAUAAAGAUCUAAGUCCGAAGAGGUUAGAAAAAGAAUUAGGUCCAGACAUUGGCGAAAUAAGAAUUUGUCUGGGCGAACAGCAGGCUGUUUUUGAUCAUGGAAUGUGGAUUCCUGAAUCAGGACAAAUAGGUGGUACGUUCAAGGAAAACGAAUCACUAAAAAAAGAUCUGAGAAAGCUAGAGGAGGAGAAUAACUUACUAAAAAUAAAACUUGAAGUUCUAUUAGAUAUGUUAACUCAGACAACGGCAGAGGCUAAUUUGGAUAAGGAAGAAUUAGAAGCCCUCAAGAGUAGAAUGUCUCAUGAUAAACGACCUGCUAGUUAACAAGAAGAUUUUUUUUAGCCAGAAACUAUAAAUAAACAUGACUACAUCGAAUUUUAUACAAAUGCAUUUUUUCGCGAAAGAAAGUUUAUUAAGUUAAUAAAUAAUUAACACUUCGAUCAUAAAUACUGUACAUAUUUACAAUACUAACUUAUUAACAUCACUUAUAGAAGGCACAGAAUGUUUAGAAUUACCGCUAGCGUUUACUACUUAAUCAUGGGUGUGUUAAAUUCCAUAAUUUUAAUAAAGCAUCUAUUCCUUCAAAUGUAGAUACUAAAAGACAACAGAUUUCUGAGUAAACGAUUCUUUAGAGUAAUUUUAAGCCUGUAAGUGUCAGCUUAUUUUAAAUAUAGUUCAAAUUUAUAAAAUAUAAAAAAUAGAUAUUUCCUGAAUAUAAAUUACGAAAAGUAACAUACCCAUUCUACCUAGAGAGCAUGUAAUGAAGUAAAACGAAUAUUUUAAAUACUUUAUUCUGUAUACCUAAAAGUUUAAUCUUAUUAACGAUCCAUUGAAUUCUGCGGACACGUUUUCUUUGUAUGGCCUGCAAUAGAAGGAACAUCAAUAGUAAAAUAAUUAAACUAAAAUAUGAGAAAAUGUAUUUUUGUGCCGAAAAAUGGAACUAGAGAGAGUAGGUACAAUUUUAAACAUCUUUUUUUCUCUAGACAAACAGUUGUAGCUUCUGUAGUUUUUAAAAUAAAUCCAAAAAACGGACCUUUUUGAAAAAAUCGAUUUUAAUCCGUUUUUCUCUUUAACUCGUGCUCAAUGCUUCAGUUUGUGGAAUUUUUAAACGAAAAUUUCAGGGAAUGUACUUUAGGAUGUCCUUCGAUCCACAAUGUAAUGGGAAUUGAAAACCGUUGUUUUGAAAAAUUGUUAUUAAUUUUUUUCUGAUACUCGGUGCGAAUCGAACAUUUGUAACUUCCAGCGUUUCGUUUAGCGAGGGAAUUUUGAGCAGGUAAAUACUUCUCGAGGCAAAAA